CACAUCUUUGACAUCAAAUUUCUUAUCAGCCAAACGGAGUCUGUGAUUUCUCUAAUUUCUAAGUUUAAAUUUUACAUGUUUUAAAUUUCAACUAAUUUAUGAUAUUAUAUAGUAGUUCACAUUAUACAAUAUUCUCUAAUUCUUAUUUUCAAAGUAUGAAUUAAAUAAUUCGUACGAAUAUUGGCGCCCUAUAUUACCUAUAGUAUUAUUGGAAAAGUUCAAAUAGUCGGCCCUUCAGCAAUUAGAAGUCAUGGUUGAAAUAGAGACAUUAGAAUUCAAUUUUGUUGAAUUUCCAAUAACUGAUAAGGUUGAAAUGGAAAUUCGAAUUAUAAAUGAUGGUGAAAUGGUUUACGAAGAUUUUUAUAAAAACUUUAUGUUAAAUAACUCUCCGUGCGUAAUCAAAAAUGUUUGUGGAAAUUGGAAAGCAUACAAUGAUUGGGUUCUAAAUAAUAGAAUAAACUGUAAAUAUUUUACACAAAAUUAUGGUGAAUUUGAGGCUCCUGUUGCAGAUUGUGAAAAGAUUGACUUCAAUGCUCAGUGUAAGUUCACUAUGAAAGUUAAAGAAUUUAUGGAUUAUUUAGAACAUUGCAAUAAAGAAAAUCUCUUAUAUCUAAAAGAUUGGCAUUUAAAAGCAAAAUUGAAGCAAAUUAAUGUAAGAAAUGAUUUUUACAAGGUUCCUGAAUAUUUUGCCUCUGAUUGGCUUAAUGAAUAUGCAGAAGAUAAUGGAGAGGAUGACUUUCAGUUUGUUUACAUUGGCCCAAAAGAUUCAUGGACACCAUUGCAUGCUGAUGUAUACACAUCAUAUAGUUGGUCUGUCAAUAUUGUUGGAAAAAAGCAAUGGGUAUUGUUCCCACCAGGUGAAGAAGAAAAACUCAGGGACUCUCUAGGAAACUUGCCAAUAUUAUUUAAUAAGGAAAAUUAUGAAAACAUCAGAUAUUUAGAAGUUAUUCAAGAAAGGGGCGAUGCAAUAUUUGUUCCAACUGGUUGGCACCAUCAAGUUGUUAAUUUAUAUGACACAAUUUCUAUAAACCACAAUUUCAUUAAUUCCUGUAAUAUAGAAAAGGUUUGGAAUGCCUUACAAAAGAAUUUGAGCGAUGUUGAAAAAGAAAUUGAGGAAUUCAAGGAUAGCCCUGAGUACUUAAAACAAUGUCAACUAAUUUUAAAAUCUAUAUUUGGUAUGAAUUUUAAAUCUUUUAUUAAAUUAAUUAUGCACAUAGCUGAAAAGAGAUUAAAUCAAAUAAAUAGUAUGCCAUUUACAGUAUUUGAUUCAUAUAAUUUUGGUGAUAACCAUAUAAAGUUUGAUUUACACAUUUUGCAUAAAAUUUUUAACCUAGUAGAAAAUCAUGCAUUAUUUAAUAAUGGUUUAAUAGGAAAUAUAGUAUCACAAUUUCAUGAUAUUAAAAAUAGGAUGAUGCAAUAAAUAAAUUAUAAAUAUUAGCUCUGAUUUUACAAUAUGAAUGAAAAUUCAGAAAUUGCUAUAUUAAUUCUGUUGGUAGU